CUCGAACACACCCACAACGGGAUCACGAAGAUCCAUUAUCAAUGUCUCAACAGUUGCUGCCCAAGGGGCAACGCGAGCGCCUCUGGUCGCCCAUGGCCGAUCUUUUGAGCGAUGAAGGGUUCCGGACCCUGCGACCCGGCUCGUCGAAGUUCACUUUGCUCCCUGAACAGGUCGAGGACUGGCCGGACUUCGCCAAAGAAGUCAAGGCUCUUCUCGCCCCGCACUGCGGCAAAUUCGAGCCCUUCGUCCCGGUGGUUCCCCGAGAGGUCUUUGCAGUAGCGAAUGAGUUGGGGUUGCAGGGCCGCCUCGUCCAGAAUGCCCUGCACCCGGUCGGCGAAGUGGCCGACCUCCUCAAGCUUGGGGUCCGCUUUGGGGACUCUCAGUACGGGAUCAACAGGCUGCUCGUAGAGUUCAAGAAGCAGACGAAGAGAGACGCCAAAGCAGAGACCAAGCGAAAGGUAGGCGAGCAGACGGCGGGCGGUAAGCUUGUUCCCGACCUGGUGAUUGCGGACACCAAGACUCACGCCACUCGGGGCGUGGGUGAGGCCAAGACACUUUGGAAAUUCGAGCCCGGGAAGAAGCAAACCUGGAAGCAGUUUAUCGCUGAUAAGCUCGGCCAGCUGGCCAGGUACAUGGACGACCACCAUGACCGAUAUGGCUUCCGCACCAUCUACGAGAGGACGUGGUUUGUUAAGCGGGUCAGUGACAGCACGUUCGCCAUGUCACCCCCAAUUAGCUCGAAAGCUCGCUCCUCCGCCACUGAAGUCUCCCUUCGGGAAUGCUUUCUGGCAUUCGCCAUUAGAGCGGCAGAUCCUUCGGGAAGCCGAUACGACCAACGAGCUGGUUUAGAUCUGGUUGAGCGCUUGGCUCAUGAUCUGGUCCACCGUUACGGACAGAUAGCGAGGAUCCAGCAUCUCUUCGAUGCACGUCUUCUCUUUUAUGGGCCGCUGCACAAAUAUCUAUGA